CGGCCGCCGGAGUGGCGCCGUCGUUCCCGGACGUCGGACGUGUAGCCGCCGCCCUCCCGCACCCGCGUCCUUUCGUCCGCUCGCCGCCGCCGCCGCCGCCGUCGCCCCGCCCGCGGCCGCCGCCGUCGUCUCGCCUGCGCUCGUCCCGUCGUCCUCUCGCCCGGCGUCCCGGCCUGCCUCGCCAUGCCUGCUGCUCCGCCGCCGCCCACGUUGCUGGGGUUGGUCUUGGCGUCGCUGGCCGCCGCGCUGCUGUACCCCGUGCCCGUCGCGGACGCCGCUCGCGGAGCGUUGCUGCUGCUGCUGCUGAUGCCGAUGCCGCCGCCGCAGCCGAGGAUUACCGACUCGGCGGCGACUGCGGCGACAGAGACCCUGGGUGCAAAGCCGCGAGCCGAUAACUUGUGUGACCUUCGAGAAUUCUCGCCCUCGAGGGAUAUCUCGCUGCGCGAUGCUCCGCUGUCAUCGGGUUUCGGGUUGUAG